CAGCACUAGUCAUCGUUCCAAUACAUCCCUGGUUUUCCAGAAGCAACUCUAUACUGGCAUUUUUAGUCACAUUAGUGGCAUUAUUGAAUUAAGCGUAGAAAGUGAUUUUUAUGUACAAUUAAUUAAAUUAAACUAGUUAACAACUGGCAGCACGAUCAAAUGCGGUAUAAAACGAACAUGGUGUACGAUUAACACUGAGAGUGGCUGUAUCUAUUGAAAUUUCGCUACACUUACCUAAAUAAAUCAAAACCGCCCGCAUAAAAAAAAGCAGAAUAACUGCAGCGGCAGCACACAAAGAGAUAGAGCUGGGCAGCAACGACCACGACAUCUACACAACCGUGCGACCAAUACAAAAAAACUCGUUUCUUGUGUGCGUGCGUGUGUGUGUCUUAAUUUUAUUUGCAUUGCAGCCAAAGCGGUCGCUGCGGCAUUUCGUGGCAGAGGCUGACCACAAAAGGGGCGUGCCUGCGUCUAAUACUCUGUAAGCAGCAGCAGCAGCAGCAGAUUGCAGCAUUAUGAUGGUUGAGUCCGACGGCACCGCCGACGCCACACGCCGUCUCAACGUUAAAAAACAAACGCUGGACGAUGCGUAUGCUGUGCCCGCAAAUUUUCUCGAAAUUGACGUGGUCAAUCCGUUGACAACCAUGGCGGCGGGCAAGAAGCGCUACACGGACUACGAAGUGCGCAUGAGGACAAACUUGCCGGUGUUCAAGGUGAAGGAGUCGAGCGUGCGACGUCGCUACAGCGACUUUGAAUGGCUAAGAAAUGAGCUGGAACGUGAUAGCAAGAUUGUGGUGCCGCCGUUGCCGGGCAAGGCCUGGAAGCGACAGAUGCCAUUCCGCGGCGAUGAGGGUCUCUUUGACGAGAACUUCAUCGAGGAGCGAAGAAAGGGCCUGGAGGCGUUCAUCAAUAAGAUAGCCGGGCAUCCGCUGGCGCAGAACGAGCGCUGUCUGCACAUGUUCUUGCAGGAGAAUGUCAUCGACAAGAACUAUGUGCCCGGCAAGAUACGCAACACAUAAGGAUGCGGAUCCGGAUGACCAGGAGAUAGCAACAAAUAGCAAUGCAAUGAAGCAACAACUCGAACGAACAAAAACUUAAGAAAGAAAGAUUACGAAACCGAUUUGGCUAAAUCCGACCGUGUGUUGUAUGUGUGUGUAUGUGUGUGUGUGUGUGCGUGUGUGCGCGCGCGCUUAGCCAACAAAGUAAUAGAUGCAACUGCUUAUUUGGCCAAAGCAAGCGGAUGUUGUGGCUCAGUUAAUGUUGAGCGCGCUCUAGUUGAACUAUUGGGAUUUUUUAUUGCUAAAUUAAAUUGUUUAUAUGCAACGGUAUACAUACAAUACAAAAUAUACUAUAUAUACAUACAUAUAUAUAAAAUAUACAUAUUUACCUAAUAGUGUACAUAAUACAUGCAUAAAUCCGGCAUUGACUGGUCCUCGUCUCAUCCCUUGGCCCAUCUAUUUGGCCAGGACAAACGCUCAGUAAUGGACUUUUUCUCGAAUCCGCGUGCGAGCACAGCCCUCCUCCCCCAACCCCAUCUCCCUACCUUUAGUCGUUGUAUGAAAUUUGAAUAAUUAUUGAGUUUGAAAUUGCAAACAGCAAGGCAUCAAGUUACCCUCCACCUCCAUGGAUUAGUAAUACAUAAUUAUACAGUUGCAAUUGUUUUGCAAAUUACUGAAUAUUUUUUUGAAUCAUUUUAGUAAUU